AUGGAUACUGUAUUGUUUGUGUCGCCCACAUUAUACUGCUGUGGAGACACGAAGAACUGGCAAUCACAGGUGCCGAAGCCAGGAUAUGUGCCGAUUUUGAAGAGUGAUAUCCCCAAAUUUGAACAGUCGUUGAAACAAGCCAACAGCCAUAGAGACCAUGAUAAAGGGAAUUCAGUAGCCUCGAAGACUAAUGAAACGGACAAUUCUGAUGAAUUCAAGACUUCAACUUCACGCUAUGUUGAUUUGAAGUCCUUUUUACCAAUUUCGUUAGAACAACAGUUGCAUACCGUUUGUUUAGCACAUUUUCCACUGGGACUUGGAUCCAAGGGUAUUGAUAAAGUUAUGGACAGACUAGACAAUCUAAUACGGAAAAAGCUGCAAGUUGAAGAUAAUGAGACCAAAUUUAUCAAACAAUGGAGUUACGUCGAUUGUGUGAAUACGUUGACGGUAUAUAUAAGUUUCCAGGAAAGUAUAGUGGAAGAAUAUGGGAAAGCGAUACAGUUACUUGAGAAAUUGUUUGACAACGGGUCAGAUGGGAUCGGACUUCACAUGGAUGAAAACACUAGACGGUUCGUUUGCGAUCUGACGGAAGGUUCUCCUGCUAAGGAACUCGAUGAAACUGCAAAAGAUGAGUUCUCCGCAUUAAUUACAAUGUUGAGAUCUGAACCAGGCUCUAUAUCUCAGGAGAAAGGGUUGGCUGGAAAUAGUGCCGUUGAGUAUAACGUGGAUAUAAGUACGUUGAGUGACCUUCCGAGUUCCUCAUUAGACCAAUUGUGUAAGGAUAUUGUUGAGUUUAGAACUCGUGUCAUUACGUUAGAGAAAGAGAAACGGAAUAAAGAGCUAGCGGAGGAAGAAAAACGGAGGAAACAAAACUUGAAGCAUAUAUUUGACCGUAUCAAGGUUACUAAUGGAGGCUCGGAAAAAGGUUCAGCCCCUGAAGCUGAAAGUGACUCUGAAGAUUCAGACGACGAGGUUGAGGGUUACGAUGAUGAAGAUGCGGACGAUUACGAAGCGGAAAAAAAAAGAGUUCAAGCGGAAAGAGAUGCGCAAGAAGCCCAGUAUGAAUCCAUGGUUCAUAGUUUCCAAGAUUCGUUACUGGUCCAAUACUCAUCGCUACGACAAGAAUACCAAAGGUUACAAAACUACGAAACGCAUUUACAAAAGAACAAAGGUCCUAUGUUAAAAGAGUUAUUACAUCUUGCCAUGGAUCCUUACCACGACCAUCACAGGCCAUACAAGGAAUCUGAAUCCAAGGCAGAUGAAGAGGACCGUAAACGGGAAUCUGAAGAAGUACCAAAGAAAAAAGCAACAGAAACAGAGCCAGAGACAGAACUAGAGCUAGAGCUAGAGCCAGAGACAGAGACAGAGACAAAAUUGGUAUCGGACGCAGAUGCGACAACGGCUGCACCAAAGAUUAAAUUAGCACUAAAGAAAUCCAUUGGAAAGACAAAGAAUGAGAUAGAAGAGGAAGAGACUCCUGAAACCGAUGCGUUCCAACAGAAGUUGAAUCUACUAAGGGAAAGCGGCGUAGUGGAAGAACUCGUCAAAGAAUACUUGGGAGUUUACGAGCCCGACUUAGUCUCAUAUAUCUUUGAAAACAUCGAAGAACAUCAAUCGAAACAGGCACUCGAGACUGAGCUUACAGAGACGUUCGACGAAGAUAGCCCUGUCCUAGUGAGCCGUAUAUGGGAAGCGAUGGAACAGUAG